AGCCGAUGGCCCACGUUCGAGAAGCGUCCCGGUCCUCCCGCUCCUUCGCCAGUUGGAGUUCGGGAGGCGGUCGAGGAGCCUGUUUGGAGCAGGCGGCUGAGAAAGGAGCAGAAAUGGAGCAGACGAUGCGGGGUACACAGGGAGCCCGGGAGAUGAAGCCGGAGCAGUGGCCGGAGCCCAAGCCCACGUCGGAGAACUUAACAAGGAGGGGCAGUGGCAGCGAGGAGAAGGUGCUCCCUUCCAGCCCGGCUGCUUGUCACACCAGCUCCAGCUCGGUUUGCCCGCGCCGCAAGCCCCGCCCUCGGCCCCAGCCCAGGUCCCGCUCCAGGGGAGGGCGUGGGCUCAAGGCCCCACCCCCGCCUCCCGCCAAACCUCCGCCUCCCCCGCCGGCGCCGCCACCUUCACCCCCGCCCCUGCUGCGGUCGGUGGCCCGGCGCAAACCCAGGCGUAGAUCCAGGCCUGCACCCAGACCCCAAAUACGAAAAAGCUGCUCUAGUGACCAAGGCUACUCUGGGGAUCCAGAUGUCGCAGAGAACAGGUUACUGGAGGUUGGGUCUGAUAAGGGGCCCACGGGCUGUUCCCAUGUAGAAAGCUUUAAAGUAGCCAAAAACUGGCGGAAGAACCUGCGGAUGAUCUAUCAGCGUUUCAUUUGGAGUGGGACACCGGAAACUAGGAAACGUAAGGCCAAAACAUGCAUCUGUUAUGUGUGUAAUACCCAUAAGAACAGACUUCACUUGUGUCUGUCCUGUGUAUAUUUCGGAUGCUUUACUGAGAAACAUAUUCAUAGACAUGCAGAGACAAAACAACACAAUUUAGCGGUUGACCUCUAUCAUGGGGUUAUAUAUUGCUUUAUGUGUAAGGAUUAUGUAUAUGACAAAGAUAUAGAACAGAUUGCCAAAGAAACAAAAGAGAAAAUUCUGGGACUAUUGCCUUCCACUGCAAUAGAUGGUUCUUAUCAGCAGUGUAUGACAUUGGAGGUUGAAGAAAAUCAAUCAACCUAUGAGGCAAAAGAACAGGAGACCACACUGGUAAAACCCAAGAAAAAGAGGAGGAAGAAGACAGUGUAUUAUACUGUAGGCCCCAGAGGGUUAAUCAAUCUUGGAAACACUUGCUUUAUGAAUUGUAUUGUCCAGGCACUUACCUACAUUCCGCUACUGAAAGAUUUUUUCCUUUCCGACAAACACAAAUGUACUAUGACAAGUCCCAGCUUGUGUUUGGUCUGUGAAAUGUGCUCACUUUUUCAAGCGAUGUACUCUGGGAACCAAAGUCCUCAUGUUCCCUAUAAAUUACUGCACCUGAUCUGGAUUCAUGCGGAACAUCUAGCUGGGUACAGACAGCAAGACGCUCAUGAGUUUCUUAUUGCAAUAUUAGAUAUGCUGCAUCGACACAGCAGAGGUGACAGCACAGAGCAGGAAAGUAACCCCAACUGCUGUAACUGCAUCAUAGACCAAAUCUUUACAGGGGGCCUGCAGUCAGAUUUGACAUGUAAAGUCUGUCAUGGUGUCUCCACCACUAUAGACCCAUGCUGGGACAUCAGUCUGGACUUGCCUGGCUCUUAUUAUACCUCAGAGAGAGCUAGUAGCGCAGUGCGUAGGGCUGGCCACAAACCAAGAGUCCCCUCGCUUACAGAUUGCCUACAGUGGUUUACAAGGCCAGAGGACCUGGGAAGCAGUGCCAAAAUCAAAUGCAGUCAAUGCCAAAGCUACCAGGAAUCUACCAAACAGCUCACAAUGAAGAAGUUACCAAUCGUGGCCUGCUUUCAUCUCAAAAGGUUUGAACAUUUAGGCAAACAGAGGCGCAAGAUUAAUACUUUUAUCUCGUUUCCUUUGGAGCUGGAUAUGACACCCUUUCUGGCUUCUACUAAGGAAAGCAUAAUGAAAGGCCAGCCCUUAACAGACUGUGUGCCCAGUGAGAACAAGUAUUCUCUGUUUGCGGUGAUUAACCACCACGGAACUUUGGAAAGUGGUCACUACACCAGCUUUAUACGUCAAGGAAAGGACCAGUGGUUCAGCUGUGAUGACGCUGUCGUGACCAAGGCUACAAUGGAAGAGUUACUCCGUAGUGAAGGGUAUUUACUGUUCUAUCACAGGCAGGAUAUUGAGAAUAAUCUUACCCAGACGCUUUCAAGAAAAACAGAGUAAGGAUCCUGCAAUGAUACACACACCUACCUGGAAGGACAACAACCAGCACCUCUUAAAGAAACACAAAAAUCUACCUGGAGUGGACAGUAACCGUAACACCUAUAUAAGUGACACUUUGGCAAAAAGGAACUGUUUUACCCUGUUCCGUGGGUCUAUGGGAAGAAGACAUUGAAUUACCAGUGACCAUUUAGCCUUAAGAAUUGGGGGGAAGGGAGGAGAGGUUGAAAAGGGUCACAUAAAGCAAAUUAAGUGAAGUCUCAAGGUGGAGGGAGGUGUGAAUAAAAUCAAAUUCCUAUGUGCUCUUUAUUUCUUCAAAGAUAUUGUGUUAAGUGUGGGGGAUAUCUUUUAGGAAAGGGGUUUUAAUUGAUUGUAGUUCCAGUUAUGA